UUUAAUAAUACUCUUCGCGGGCUUACAUCGGCCUGAAAUAAUAUUUGGGCUUUAAAACUCAAAAGAUGGGCCUCACGUCAGUCCUCUUGGUUUCAUUCAAACCCGCCAAAAUUAGGUUUAUUUAUAAAUGAAAAGUGAGACUCCUCUAGGGCUCCUCUUCCGCCUCGUCGUCUCCAGCUUCUCCUCGUGUAGUUUUCUACUCUAAAUCGAGUAUAUAAAAGAUGGGAAGAUGCCCUACUAGGAAGGUGAAGAAGAGGCGUUUGUCACACAAGACAGCUCGUCGUGACAAAUUCGAAGUCAAAGGAGACGAUUUAGUGUACACUGAGCUGCGCAAACCAGAGACGGAGACAAAGCCUUUGGAGCUUAGCGAGGACUUGCCUGGAAUGGGACAGUUCUACUGCUUACACUGCGAUCGGUACUUCUGUAAUGUGUCGGUGAGAGAUGAUCAUUUUAAGACGAAGAAACACAAGAAGCGUGUGAAGUUAAUGAAUGGACCUGCGCCACACUCACAACUCGAUGCUGAUUUGGCCGCUGGAAUGGGAAUGCCAGACAAUGGUCCAAAGCUCAUGGCUGCUUGAGUUUUUUAAGUCUUUUUUUUUUCUUUCUUUCUUAAUAGUUCACAGUUAAUGGAACCUGUGGAUUGUUGUUGUAAGAUGGUCCUUAGUACAACUCCUAAGUUAAUGAUAUAAGUUUUUUUUCUGAUUGACUAA